AUGUUGGAAAUCAUUAGUAAAGGCGCAUUUUAUUUAUCAGCUAUAACAAGUUUUGAAGUUCCUUCAAGAGUUACUUUGAUAGAUAAUAAUGCGUUUAAGUAUUGCGAUCGUUUAUCAAAACUUGUUUUAAACGAAAAUCUGAAACAAAUAGGAGAUUUUUGUUUCAAUUCUACCAAUUUUUCAGAAAUAAAAAUACCAAAAAGUUGUAUCCAAAUAGGAAAUAGUGCAUUCAGUGGUCAUACACAACUCGAAAAGGUUAUAUUUGAUGACGAAUCCACAAUCACAGAAAUUUCUGAUUUCUGUUUUAGUUCAUGCGAAAGCUUGAAAAUCAUCAAAUUACCAAAAAAUAUUAAGAGAUUCAGAAAGAAUUCAUUUGAAAAUUGCUAUAAUCUUACUAAUAUUUCAUUUCAAGAUUUAGAAAUAAUAGAUGAUUACGCUUUCAGAAAAUGCAAAUUAAACGAAAAUAUAACAAUUCCUUCAACAUGUUUCAAACUAGGUCAAUCUUGUCUCAGUUCAAGUUCUAUUAAAUACAUUAAUUUCGAACCAAAUAAUAAGUUGAAAGAAUUUGAAGCGAGUUUGUUUGCAGAUUGCACACAACUUCAAAAGAUAUUAAUCCCUUCAUGGAUUGAAACAAUUUCAUCCAGUGUUUUUUCAAAAUGUGAUAACUUAAAAGAAGUAUUGUUCGAGAGAAAUUCAGCAUUAAAACAGAUGGAUUCAGGUGCAUUUACGGAUUGCCCAAAUAUAGAAAUAUUGGAACUUCCAGAUUCAUUUCAUAAUUAUAGUUCAUUUUUUAUUAAUUUCACAAGAUAUGAUUUAGUUUCGAACACAAUUUCUAUUAAAAAACUUGUUUUGUCACCAACAUAUUUUAUCAUGAAUAAUUACUAUAUUGAAUUCACUUUUAUUAAAUUUAAUAUUUUAUCAAUUGAAGCUGGAGAAGAAACAGUAAUUGAGUUUAUUGAAAAUGGUGCAUUUUCUAAUAAGCAGGAAUUAACUCAAAUAAAUUUCAAUUGCAAGAUAAACAAAAUAGCUGAUAAUGCAUUCGCAUAUUGUAAAAAUUUGGAAAAUGUUUUCAUUAAAGAACUACAAUCAAUAACUCCAUACGCAUUUGCUAGUUGUACCUCUCUUAAGGAAAUAACAAUACAAGAAUUCGAUGGAACAAUCCCAAGUGGUUGUUUCUAUUCUUGCCAAAAUUUAGUUCAUUUUAAUUCCAAUUGUUUGAUUCAACGUGUUGGAAUUGAUGCAUUUAACAGCUGUGAAAAUCUUGACAUAGACACCAAAGAAAUUAUAUUUGUUGAUGAAUCUGCAUUCUCUUCUUCAAGAAUUUUAUCCUUUCCCCCAAAAAUUAAACAUAUAGGUGAAAAUGCAUUUUUUAAAUGCGUUAUUGAACAAAAGGACAUUAUUUUAUCCAAUGAACUUGAAUAUAUAGGAAAUGAUUCAUUCUAUUCUUUGAAGAAUAAAACCCAUUCCGUAUAUUAUUGUGGAGAUAAAAAUUUUUCUCAAAACUUCAAUGUUUUUGGAGAUUUUGUCAUCAAUAUUUUUGUUCCAUCAAACUACAAUUAUUCAACUUUUUGUAACAGGGAUGUAAUUAAAAGCGAAUCAUUAAAGUGCUUCAUUCCUCCUAUGACUGAUUCAAUUAGUUAUUCACACUCAAUUAAAUUCAUCUCUAAAAAUCGAUCUCUAAGAAGAUAUAGAUAG